AUGUUCCCGACAUUGGCGCGGUUCUCAAAGGCGUCGCGGCGGCCUCUCACCUCAAAACGCGCUGGAAAAGACUUUUACAAAGGCACUAGACAAUCAGCCUUACCUGGUGGUCCUCGAACCGGUGCACCCGGUAAACAUGUAAUCCGUGGCAAAGCGAAAUACCGCCUGCUAGACGAGAAAGUUCGUAUAUUCAUCGCGCCUCCCAUCGAAGCGAUAGAAUCAUCGCCUCUGAAAGCGUAUGUCGAGCGCGGUGUACAUCUGACAAAGAAGGAGGAACGGGCAGCAUUUGGGAAAUUUACGACCAAUGGAGGCCUUACACCAGAGCACUUCCUCAAGGUCAUGAGGAAAGCAGCUGGUCAGCGGCAAGGACAAGGGAAAAAUAAGAUGCCGUCGAACGAGCUGUCUGUGGCUGACGCAUUAGCAGUCCCUACCGCAGUGGAUACGUCAUCCGGGAAGAAGCGCAGGCAACUAAGCGUGCUAUAA